CAACCGAACCGGUCACUGUUCUAGCGAGUCACGUGACUGCUGCACUGUGCGCACAUAGGAAAUUUAUUCUUUUCCUUUGAACUGUUGGGAGCGUUGAAUUAAUCUAAACGGAUUGUGCGGAUUAUUCGAUUAUUGAGGGGAUUAUAGAAUCGGUGGUACUGUGAAAUUUUCGACGAUACAGGGAUAUCGUUAGUUGGAGGGAUUUUUCAUUCACAAAGGGAAUUAACCCUCAAACAUGUGGAGUCUUCUUCUUGUUACCUGUUACCUGGCCCUAAUCCACACUGUCACCUCCAGAACGGAGCCCCUGGACUUCCCGAAACCCGAUCGUCACAACGAAAUGCUCAUUCCCUCCGGAGGCAUGGCCCAACCGAAGGAUCUCAUCAGCUUAAAACUUUUCCCCCAACGAUUACAGGAAAUUGAUUCUGGCGACACGAGUGAUUUACCAAACUUGAAUAAACUCGCGAGAUAUAAUCCACAAGUAUUGAGUGGAGAGGAGAACCCACUGUUCGGUGGAUUUGAUGGCGCUGUUUUCGAUCAAUUAGAUGACACAAUACCAGAGGAUUUUGAGGAAGUCAAGCUCAAUCGAUUGUCCAGUUACCUGUCAUCGCUACUGCGCCUGCCGUCCUGGAACUCCCCGCUGAUCAUAAUGGAGGAUCCCGGCGCCCCGGACGAUUUCCAGGAUGACCACCAGGACAUUCGCUCUAUGUUGAAGCGAUCGCGAUACAACAGUCGUUACACCUGGAAACGUCAGAACGGCAGUUGCUUACUUUCCCGUGCUUAUAGAUCACGAAACACCUACGACUACGAUUCUACCCACCUGUGCACACCUUCGCGCGAGGAUGUCUAUCAAUUACUGGUGGCACUGCAUGACGUACGCCAGGGAAACAAAUCCCGCACUGUUCAUUACUGCAAUCGUCGCAGGCCUGUCAACACUGUUUUCACUAAUAUUCGUUUUCUCGGGCGUCGAAAGUAGCUCAGUACAGAUGCAAAAUUACUCUAAGUUCAUUUAUAACAGCUCAAUGAGAAACUUAUGAAGAGUGGGAGCGAGCUGAGAAUCGUGGGUGUAAUUAUCAACUCAUGUGAUAAAAGGGGCCUGAAGCGUUUUUAAUGGUUGUCUGCGCUAAGAGCAAAAGUCACCAAUUCUUCCGGGUAAAUUCACUCAACAAGGGCAAUCUACUGUUCCAUAUAGCUCGCGACACUUUUGCAAAGAAAGGAUGAUGUUUUAGAACCUUUUUUUCUCGGGGAGGAAUGUAGAUUCAUUAGCGGGGUGAAUCUGUAUCGAAGAUCUGGGUCGGCUUAAGCUUCUAUUAAUGUUUCCAAGGCGCAUAUGCUUCUUGAAAGUUUGACUUUCAAUCCUACAAUCGGAGGAGUACACACCCCGAAAAAAAUUGUAGAAUAGCCUAGCGCUUUCUGUAGACACUUUUAUCGAACGUUCAUUGAGAAUUUACGCAACAAAAUUCCAUGGUAAAACGCGAUCUGAAAGUUUAGAGGCAACAAUAGAAAGAUAUAAUUUCAUCACAUUGUUGACACCACAGAGACGCAAGGAAAGAAUAUUUCAUGAAUUAAGUACAUUGUUUCCACAUUUAAAGACGUUUUUUGUCAAUUUAAAAGGAAUUGCAGUCAUUUGAGAACUUGCUGAGGUUCAAAAUUGCAAUUGGAGUCAACUAAAGGGCAUGUUGUUAUGGAUUGGAGAGAGACGACUUCAGUAAUUGUCCCCGUACUUCUUGAGACACUAGGACUGAGAGUCAAAUUUCAAUAGAAGAUUUUUCAAGUUCAAGCCAAUCCUUGAAUUAUCAAGUUUUCACUGAACAUUGUCAUCUCAUAGAGCAAUAUUUUUCAUGAUACACUAAAUAUUUGGAUGAAGUUGUUCAAAAAGUAUAGCAUUGUUCAGUAAAACUGCUCUACCUCUUUUCUAUUGAAGUAACCCUUCCUUUUUCUUCCUUUUGCACCCACGAUUUGACGCUCGCAAUCCGUAAUUUUAUAGACGACCGUUGCGUUGAACUCGGAAGUAAUGGCGCGCUAUAUUUACCUCAUUAAUGAAAGAUGAAAUGAUUUAGAUGACACCGAAAAGUCUACAUCACGGAUGGGAUCGGAAACUUCGUUUAAUGAAAAGUCUGGCAACAAAAUAGCUAAUCAAAUCGCUUACUAAAUAAAGUUUCCGGUCCUACUCAGGAAGAUCAUUCCCUCGAGCUUACACUUCACAGCUGUCCAGUUGUUUCUUUAUUUUCACUGACGCUCAUUUAGAGACGACGGAAUGAACAUCAUACAGUAUUUCUAGUCAGGACAAUCAAGGUGGCACAAUAUCCAUUGUUAAUCGAAAUAAAAACAUCAUCAUCACGUGUUUACUGAAUAUAAAGUUUAACGAAUAACUUCUGCUAAUCGAUGUUGCCAAUUGUAGCAAUUUAGUAUCAAGGGUAUAGACGAUGUCUAUUGAAUGGCCUCUCCAGAAUGAUAAUUGAAGGUGAUGAUCAAUACCCAGAUAAGUAUUAUAAAGUGUCAAACGAUUUUAAUUCAAAUUGUCAAUAAACUAAUUAUAAGUGC